AUGAAAGGGACAAACUACACAGCCGUGACAGAAUACAUCCUGCUGGGGCUGCACGACCAUCACGGCCUCGAGCUGGUCCUCUUCAUAUUCUGCCUGAGCAUCUACUCCGUGAGUGUGCUGGGCAACUCCCUCCUCAUAGUGCUCAAUGUGCUGGACCCCCACCUGCACAACCCCAUGUACUUCUUCCUCAGCAACCUCUCCCUCAUGGACAUCUGUGGCACCUCUGCCUUUGUGCCCCUCAUGCUGGUCAACUUCCUCAAAGCCCAGAAGACCAUCUCCUUUGCUGGCUGUGCCCUGCAGAUGUUCCUCACUCUGGCUUUGGGUUCCACAGAGUGUGUGCUCCUGGCCAUGAUGGCCUGUGACCGCUAUGUGGCCAUCUGCCAGCCACUGAGGUACCCAGAGCUCAUGAGUAGACAGACGUGUGUGUGGAUGGCAGUGCUGAGCUGGGGGGCAGGUUUUGGCAACUCACUGCUACAAUCCAUUUUCACCUGGAGUCUCCCUUUCUGUGGCCACAAUGUCAUCAACCACUUCUUCUGUGAGAUCUUAGCUGUGUUCAAACUAGCCUGUGGGGACGUCUCCCUAAAUGCCCUGCUAUUAAUGGUGGCCACGGUUGUCCUGACCUUCACCCCACUCCUGCUCAUCUGCCUGUCCUACAUCUUCAUCCUAGCUGCAGUCCUCAGGGUCCCCUCUGCUGCUGGCCGGCGCAAAGCCUUCUCCACCUGCUCUGCCCACCUCACUGUGGUGGUGAUCUACUACGGGACCAUCUCCUUCAUGUACUUCAACCCAAAGGCCAAAGAUCCCCACUGGGACAAGAUUAUUGCCUUGUUCUAUGGGGUUGUGACGCCCUCGCUGAACCCCAUCAUCUACAGCCUGAGGAACUCGGAGGUGAAAGCUGCUGCCCUGGCCCUGUUUCGGGGAGACCUUCUCUCCAGGAAAAUGCCCCACCUCGCCUGCUGCUCUCCGGUCUUAUCAGCCUGA